AGAAGCUACGCAGUCGCAGUGCUGUCGUAACGCUGCAUUGCACAUGUUUUACAGAUUUCUAAUUAGACACCAGAUUUUCUAUCGCAGCUUGAAACUUCAGAGACGACAUAUACAGUAUUUAAAAAUGUCUUCUGUUAAAAUUGGCACCCACAACGGAACUUUCCACUGUGAUGAAGUUUUGGCGUGCUAUCUCUUACGCCAGCUCCCGGAGUACAAGGAUGCUGAAAUCAUUCGGACUCGUGAUCCCGUACAGCUGGAAAAGUGUGAUGUUGUGGUCGACGUUGGUGGUGUCUAUGAUCAUAAACAGCACCGAUACGACCAUCAUCAAAGGUCCUUUGAGGAGACCUUCAACAGCCUAUGCCCAGAGAAGCCAUGGGUAACUAGACUCAGCUCAGCCGGAUUGGUUUAUCUUCACUUUGGUCGUCAAGUUCUUUCUCAUCUUACACACUUGGCACAAGACAACAAGCAAUUGGAGGUCCUUUACGAUAAGAUGUAUGAGAACUUUGUUGAGGAGGUGGAUGCUGUGGAUAAUGGGAUUUCCCAGUAUGAUGGAGAGGCACGUUAUACCAUUACCACCACUCUCAGUACUCGUGUCAGUCAUCUUAACCCAUGGUGGAACAGCGAGAGCCAGGACACUGAGGAGGGUUUUAAGAAAGCCAUUUCCCUGGUCGGAGCAGAAUUCUUGGACCGGUUGCACUACUAUCAAAAAGCAUGGCUCCCAGCACGAGUGGUAGUGGAGUCUGCUAUUCAGACAAGGCAUGAGGUGGACAUUAGUGGUGAAAUAGUGCUAUUGGCUGAAGGUGGAUGUCCGUGGAAGGAACAUCUCUUCUCACUGGAAAAAGAACUUAAAUUGGAUGUAGCAAUCAAGUUUGUCCUCUAUCCAGACCAAAAUGGACAGUGGAGGGUCCAGUGUGUGCCAGCAGGACUUAAUACGUUCCACAACAGGCUAUCGCUACUGGAGGAAUGGCGAGGGGUUAGGGACAGUGCCUUGUCUGAAUUAAGUGGAAUCACUGAUUGCAUCUUUGUUCAUGCCAGUGGCUUUAUUGGAGGAAACAAAACCAAGGAAGGAGCUCUUGAGAUGGCUAGAAGAACAUUGCAAGCUUCUUACAAACCAGGGAACAAUGCAAGUGUUUCCUAAGGCACCGAUGCAUUGUUGCUGUUGUUUAACUUUUUUUUUUUUUUUUUUAUAAGUUCGUACAAAUAAAAUCUGUA